CAAAUCGGGAAAAGGGGCUGAACUGGGCUGGCUUCCGUGGGGAUAGCGAAGGCUAAAUCUCCCUCGGGUUGUUGGGAGAUGGACCUUUGGCGAAGAGGCCUGCGUUGAUGAAGCGCGUUCGGCGCCACGGAAAGAACUACUUUUAAUGAAAUGUACCAUCCAUGGUGAAAGUGGAAAAGUGAAGAUUAUUCAUCAUGCCUGCUGUAGCUUCAGUUCCUAAAGAACUCUACCUCAGUUCUUCACUAAAAGACCUCAAUAAAAAGACAGAAGUUAAACCAGAGAAAAUAAGCACUAAGAAUUAUGUACACAGUGCCCUGAAGAUCUUUAAGACAGCAGAAGAAUGCAGAUUAGACCGUGAUGAGGAAAGGGCCUAUGUGCUAUAUAUGAAAUAUGUGACUGUUUAUAAUCUUAUCAAAAAAAGACCUGAUUUCAAGCAACAGCAGGACUAUUUUCAUUCAAUACUUGGACCUGCAAACAUCAAAAAAGCUAUUGAAGAAGCCGAAAGACUCUCUGAAAGCCUUAAACUAAGAUAUGAAGAAGCUGAAGUUCGUAAGAAACUUGAGGAAAAGGACAGACAGGAGGAAGAACAGCUCCAACAACAGAAAAGGCAGGAAACAGGAAGAGAGGAUGGUGGCACAUCGGCUAAAGGUUCUUUAGAGAAUGUAUUGGAUUCCAAAGACAAGACCCAAAAGUCUAAUGAAGCAGAUAAGAAUUUAUACUGUCUCUCUCAAUUCCAAGGAUCAGUCACAGCAAAGGAACUAUACACAAUGAUGAUGGAUAAAAACGUCAGCUUGAUUAUAAUGGAUGCUCGAAGAAUGCAAGAUUAUCAGGAUUCCUGUAUCUUACAAUCUCUCAGUGUUCCUGAAGAAGCCAUCAGUCCAGGAGUCACUGCUAGUUGGAUUGAAGCAAAGCUCCCAGAUGAUUCUAAAGACACAUGGAAGAAGAGGGGGAAUGUGGAUUAUGUGGUACUUCUUGACUGGUUUAGUUCUGCCAGAGAUUUACAGCUUGGAACAACUCUACGGAGUCUGAAAGAUGCACUUUUCAAGUGGGAAAGUAAAACUGUCCUGCGCAAUGAGCCUUUGGUUUUAGAGGGAGGCUAUGAAAACUGGCUCCUUUGCUAUCCUCAGUAUACAACAAAUGCUAAAGUCACUCCACCCCCACGAGGCAAGAAUGAAGAGGUGUCUAUCUCAUUGGAUUUUACUUAUCCUUCGCUGGAAGAAUCAGUUCAUUCUAAACCUACUGCCCAGAUGCCACCUCCUCCCAUAGAAAUAGAUGAAAAUAUAGAAUUGAUAAAUGAUCAAGAUGAGAGAAUGGGACCACUGAAAAUAUUAACUCCAGUUGAACCAAUUGCUGCUUCUAAAUCUAAUGUUUCACCCAUAAUUCAGCCAGUGCCUAUUAUAAAGAAUGUUCCACAGAUUGAUCGUACGAAAAAACCGGCAGUCAAAUUGCCUGACGAUCAUAGAGUAAAAUCUGAAAGUACAGAUCAUGAGCAGCAGUCUCCUCAGAAUGGAAAAGUUGUUCCUGAUCGUUCCACCAAGCCUGUGGUUCCCUCUUCCACUGUCAUGUUAACAGAUGAAGAAAAAGCCCGUAUUCAUGCAGAAACUGUUCUUCUAAUGGAGAAAAACAAACAAGAAAAAGAACUUCGGGAAAGGCAGCAAGAGGAACAGAAAGAGAAACUGAGGAAGGAAGAACAAGAACAACAAGCCAGAAAGAAACAAGAACCUGAAGAAAAUGAAAUCGCAGAGAAGCAACAAAAAGCAAAAGAAGAAAUGGAAAAGAAAGAAGGCGAACAGGCUAAGAAAGAAGAUAAAGAAACCUCAGCAAAGAGGGGCAAAGAAAUAACAGGAGUAAAAAGACAAAGUAAAAGUGAACAUGAAACUUCUGAUGCCAAGAAAUCUGUGGACGAUAGGGGGAAAAGGUGUCCAACCCCAGAAGUGCAGAAAAGGUCAACAGGAGAUGUGCCCCAUGCAUCUGUGACAGGGGAUUCAAGUUCAGGCAAGUCUCAACGAGAGCCUUUGACAAGAGCACGAAGUGAAGAAAUGGGCAGGAUCGUACCAGGACUGCCUUCAGGCUGGGCCAAGUUUCUUGACCCAAUCACCGGAACCUUUCGUUAUUAUCAUUCACCCACCAACACUGUUCAUAUGUAUCCACCGGAAAUGGCUCCUUCCUCCGCACCUCCUUCCACCCCUCCAACUCAUAAAGCCAAGCCACAGAUUCCUGCUGAGCGGGAUAGGGAACCAUCCAAACUGAAGCGCUCCUACUCCUCCCCAGAUAUAACCCAGGCCAUUCAAGAGGAAGAGAAGAGGAAGCCAACAGUAACUCCAGCAGUUAAUCGAGAAAACAAGCCAACAUGCUACCCUAAAGCUGAGAUCUCAAGGCUUUCUGCUUCUCAGAUUCGGAACCUGAAUCCUGUUUUUGGAGGAUCUGGACCAGCUCUUACUGGACUCCGUAAUUUAGGAAAUACUUGCUACAUGAACUCAAUAUUGCAGUGCCUAUGUAAUGCUCCACAUUUAGCUGAUUAUUUUAACCGAAACUGUUACCAGGAUGAUAUUAACAGGUCAAAUUUGUUGGGGCAUAAAGGUGAAGUGGCAGAAGAAUUUGGUAUAAUCAUGAAAGCCUUGUGGACAGGACAGUAUAGGUAUAUCAGUCCAAAAGACUUUAAAAUCACCAUUGGGAAGAUCAAUGACCAGUUUGCAGGAUACAGCCAGCAAGAUUCACAAGAACUGCUUCUGUUCCUAAUGGAUGGUCUCCAUGAAGAUCUAAAUAAAGCUGAUAAUCGGAAGAGACAUAAAGAAGAAAAUAAUGAUCAUCUCGAUGACUUCAAAGCUGCAGAACAUGCUUGGCAGAAACACAAGCAGCUCAACGAAUCUAUUAUUGUUGCACUUUUCCAGGGUCAAUUCAAAUCCACAGUACAGUGCCUCACCUGUCACAAAAAGUCUAGGACAUUUGAGGCCUUCAUGUAUUUGUCUCUACCACUAGCAUCCACAAGUAAAUGUACAUUACAGGUAAGUUUAAGACAGAGAAUGAUUUGUUGGAUAACAUCUUUGUACUUAAUGGAUUUUGUGGUCCAGGCUAAAAAUCUGGAUGCUGACGAAAGAGUGAGGGUUCAUUUGGAUGUCUUUCUCCAUCAGAAUAAUUGUUGUAAUAUUUUCUUCUGCAGUUUUUCCUAUGAUGGCAGAUGGAAGCAAAAAUUACAGACAUCUGUGGACUUUCCGUUAGAAAAUCUUGACUUGUCACAAUAUGUUAUUGGUCCAAAGAACAAUUUGAAGAAAUAUAACUUGUUUUCUGUUUCAAAUCACUACGGCGGGCUGGAUGGAGGCCACUACACUGCCUACUGUAAAAAUGCAGCAAGACAGCGGUGGUUUAAGUUUGAUGAUCAUGAAGUUUCCGAUAUCUCCAUUUCGUCUGUGAAAUCUUCAGCUGCUUAUAUCCUCUUUUAUACUUCAUUGGGACCACGAGCAACUGAUGUAGCCACAUAAAGAGACAUAGGUUAUAAGCUAGUUAUCUUUUAAAAGUCUCAGCAACACAACUCUUGAAAUGCUUAUAAAGACAAUGGAAAGCUGUAGCCGGCCACUUAGAGGAAUCCUAGGACAGUGGGAGCUGUGUUACUAGUACCAUAUACUUCGGGUCAGUGCUAUUAUCCAACACUGACAAAUAACAUUUAACAAGUAUUGCAGUAAGCAUCCCUUACAGGUACCAUUUAUUUCAAAACAACUUUUUUAGUCUGCUCCAAAGUUAAAAUAAUAAACUAGCUAAGCAUUAUUAUUCUACUAAUCUCAAAAACAUUGUAUCCCUUUUUUUCCCUUUUCACUGUUAUGGCCUUUUUACAUUUCUAAAUCCCAGCUUGAUGUACUAUGAAUACUCCAGAAUGAUGUAAAGCAGAUAGGCAUGUAUGUGUACAUAAUUAUUGCACACUUGCACAUCAAAUCGAUGUACAUGGUUUAACAUGUGGUCCUUUUCUGAAGCCUAGAACUCAGAGGAUUGCUUUUUUUUUUUUUUUUUUUUUGGCCUAUUCUGAGUAACUGCAGUGCUUUCUUAGGGAAAUGACAGGGCAAAGCUAUUUUUCUGUUGGCUUUGGGCUGUAUUUGUGCACUAAAUCUUUAUUCUAAAAAAUAAAUGGAAACUUUCUUUAAUUCUUUUAAACUGAGAAUUUCAUUUACACCUACAUUAAAAUCUUUAAUG